AUGAGCCCACCCGCUUCCGUGUCUCCCCUUGGUGACCAGCACGAAGACGGCACGACUGCGGGCAAGGUUCAAAUUUCCUCUUCUCUCCAAAACAAGAUGACAGCUUUCGUUCCAGCAACGGCAAGCGCGCCCUCACCAGGUAAUUGUUUUUUCAUUUUGAUCUUCUGCCGCUACAUUCUUGUCAUUCUUCUUCUUUGUUUCACAGCAACUUUCAAUGAAAACACUGCUCUGUCUGCGAUGUUGCAGUGACGAAGUGCAAAUAUCUACUCAAGAGACUUCUGACGCAAGACACCUGUAGUUCUGCAUCAAACCUGUAUAAUAUUGAAAAAUCAUUGCAUCAAACCACAGGCGCGUUUGGCAUGGCGGCAGGGGGCGCGACGAGCUUCGCCCCGGGCAUCCAGCAAGCACCCUACCAGACCAUGCAAACGUACAUGGUCCGUGCGAAGAUGGAAUUCCAGCGGCGGGGCGUAACCGACGUGAAUCUUGAUCAGUAUCUCAACAAUUUGCAGUGGGCGUUUGGCGCCGAAAUCUUCAAGCGCGACUGGCAGCUCGUUGACCUUCCGACCGAGGACCAAGUCCGCAGGAACGAGCCGGUCAAGCUGCAGGAUUCCAGUCUGCUGAUCCCCCCGUGUCCCGCAGCACAGCCGAAAGCGGCCGGGCGGGCGCUGGGGGCGCAACAGGUGCCGAACGCCGCCAGCGCCGCGUCCACGAAUGGUGCGGAUACUGCCACGCCCACAGGCGCCAGCAGCACGGCCACGGGGCCGGAUGGCGACCAAGCGGGCAGCAGCGGUGACUCUGGCAAUGUAACAAACGUAGGCAUGAAUCAGGUACCCCCACCGCCACCGCCACCACCACCAGCAAAUGGCGCCACGCCGUCUGCUUCACCUCCGCAACCGCAGGCAUCUAAUCCCCUUAUGAACAGCCUGGCUGGUGCGCCCGCGACAGCACUGACGCCACAACAAAUGAUGCUGGUGUACCAGCAGCAGAUGAUGGCUUUGCGGCAACGAGAGAUGCAGAUUAUGCAGCAGAACGCCAUGAAUCCAGCCAUGAUGAGCUCUAUGAUGAUGAACUCCCAAAUGGGCGUUGCAUCCGGCGGCUACAAUAAUAACAUGUGGGGUGGCCAGCAGCGUGCUGGGCCGUACUCUAACAACUACGGCGGCAACAACGCCAUGACCGCAAAAGCAGCUGCUAUGGGCGGCGCCGGGGCCUUCAAUCUAAAGGCGCUUCCUGGAGGUGCGCAAUCAAAGACCGGCAUCACCAGUCGUGUGGUGCCUGCUUCGCAAUUUCCGCUCCGACCGGUGCUUCCAAAGGCCGGCAUGACCGCAAAUUCGAGCAUGGGCGGCUUUUCCGGGGGAAUGCGGUUCGGAAAAGCAGGUGCGCCCGUGCUACCAGUGAGCACGGGCAAAGCCGCCGGCAUGAUUCUGAACCCGAUGCUGAAACACAGCAGCCGCACGCACUCUUCCGACAGUCGCGGGGGGCGAUCACGAUCGCGAAGCCGUAGCCGCGGUCGCGGCAGAGGACGGGGCCGCCGCUACUCAUCGCGCGACCGCGACGGGCGCGGCAGGGGCAAUAACAAGAAGCCGGGCUCCCAGCCCAGCAACCGUGGCAGCGAGGAGUGGCGACAGUGGGUCAAAGACGAAUUCAAGGGACUGAUGUGGGAAAAAGGGGGUCCCAGUGCCGCAAACGUCUCCUCCGACGUCAUUCAGCACUUUCAGAAAACUCACGGCGUCAAUGCGAAGCUCGUCAAAGACGUACUCGGCGUCCCGCCGGGCAAGUACGUGGGGCAGCUGAAGCUGCAGGCUCUGGGCAAGCGCAACCUGAUCGACGGCUCGCUCACCGUCGACGAAGUCAUGGAAGGCGCCGCGGCAAACAGUUACAACAACGGCAAUAGCUACAACUCCAACAGUAACAUCUGGGGUUGGGACGAUCCCGCCGCGGCCCGGCGCAAGAAAGAGCGGGAGGACCGGUUCAAGGGAUCCUCCACCUCAAACGCCGCUAGCAUUUUGAAGGAGUUCGAGUUGAACUGGGACGACGAUGACAUGCCCUUGCGGCUGCAGUUAGACGACGAGAAGCCGCUUCUCGGCGAGCUCGACGCGCUGUGCAGCGAGAAGGAAAUUCUGGACCGCGAGACGACACGGCAGCUGGACCGGUUCGAGGUCAAACCUACCAGACGCGCGUCCGCGGGGGGAACCAGCACACUGCUGUCGCCACCCGCCGCAGCCAAUGGCGACAAGGCGCCGGUGGCGGAUCGGUCGUUGUGCGUGAAAAAGUACCAGCGCUCGUCGGCAGACAAGCAAUACUCGCCCAAGGACAUCCGCACGCUGGCUGCCUGCUUUCGCAGCGUCGAGUACCUGUUCAAAGAGGUCAUCGAUCUGGACACCAGAACGAGGCCGACAAAAUUCGUCUUCACAGAGCUGGUACACUUUCUCAAAAUUGAAGUCAUUUUGAUGUGUAUCAACGACUAGCACGAUUUUUGCAUGGGUUUGUUCUCUUGCUAGAUCAGUACUAGUGCGAUCAUUUUCUUCAUCUUGUAGCAAAUGCAAUAAAGUCUUGCUCAAUAGUAGACCGCGAACCGCGGUCGAUUCCUGUUCCAGACCGCUACAUAACCUUCACCACCAAAAAAACUGCCAGGUUCCCUACAUCCAAAUCUACUCCUUCAUUCGCGACCGCAUCCGCGCCGUGCGGGUGGAUCUGCAUGUCCAGCAACCGUUGUCCACCGUGUCCAAGGAAUACAUCAAGACACACGAAGCGGCCUUCCGCUUUGAGCUGUUGAGCAACUUCAUCAUCAAGGCGGACUACGUCGCGAACCUGUUCAGCGACAAGAAGGGCAUGGAGAAGUACGACGAGAAGAUGGCGCAGAAGGCCAUUUCGCAGACGGUCGAGCCGCUGCUGUUCGCGUACAAGAAGGCCCGCGAGGAAACCGAAGAGAACAAGAAAAAAGCGGAUGAGAAACUCAAAGGCAAGAACCUCGCGGCCACGACGAAACCGAACACGAAGGAGCAGUAUAACAAAGAGGACGAUCUGCCCAAGAUCGACCCCUAUAUCUCGCCGUUCGAAGCCAACAUUCGGCGGUACGUGAUCUUGAUGCAAUUGAGCAACAGCGAACAGGUGCAGGGACAAUUGCAGCGGCUGGACCUCGCCGCGAUGAGCGACCUCCGCGUCCAGGAGGCGCUCGACCUCUACAAGUGCUACCAGAGCGGGAACUGCGCUGCCUUCUUUGACUUCUAUCGGACCUGUGAUUUUCUGUCCGCAGUGAGCCUCGGAAACUUGGUACGCUCUCUUGAUACGUUUUCAAGGAAGACGAUUUUCGUGCGACAAGUUUUUUCAUUCUUGCUUCACUUUUAGAUAGAAUUCUUUGUCUCAGGAUCAGUGCAGCUCGUCAGGUAUUGGUAGUCGUCGAGUCUGAAUUCUUGCACUAUUUUGCAACAAAACCGCCAAAAAAAUCUUUCUAUCACGAUCUUCAACCUUCUCCCACCACAGGUCGACGUGAUGCGGUAUCGCCAGAUGGUGUGCCUCGUGAAGAGCAUCCACCCAACGAUGGGCGACCAAGUUCCGCUUGCUGCCAUGAUGGACACAUUGUGUUUCUGCGACCCCUUUCAAGCCACAGAGUUCCUCGAAUUCGUCGGGUGCGUUGUGAAAAACGUGUCCCCCACGUCCCCUCGCCUCGCACAAGCUGCCAAGGCGCUGGGCAAGAGAGCCGCGUCCGUCCCCCAGAUGGUGCAUCUACCGGGCCGGGAGGCGGUGAUAAAGCACAAAAUGCUGCUGCAGCCUGGCGCUACCCCGGCGCUGCCGGAGGCCUUGCACAAAACCAAGGACGAAAUCUUGCAGGCAUUGAAGCCCUACUACAAGCGGGUAGGGGCGCGAGACUCCAUGGUCAUCGAUAAGUACGACCGCUUGAUUGCUUCCAACCUAACACGAGCCGACAUCAUCUUCGGCCGCACGGAUUUGACAAUUGAGGGCAAGCGCCGCGCUAACCGCGAGCGCAUGGAGGCACGCGAGCGCGCACUGCUCGAAGAAAAGAGCCAAAGAAAAAACGGAGAGGCGACCAGCUUUCUUCCUAGUCCCACGCCGGCCUCCUCUUCUUCCCCAGAUAGCGACAAGUCCUCUUAA